AAUUCGGCGGAAAUAUUCGCAAAAAUGCAAAAAUUCUACAUUUUAGCAUUUGUAAUAGCGCCAGUGUUGUUGGUGUUUGCUGACGUAAAUGGUUUCGCCGAAUCAGGACAACAGCAAGCGACUGGCGCAACGACGACACCAAGGACGACGAUAGUGGGUGCGACAGCAGAAGCUGUGGCGCGGGCGACCAAGGCAGCGAGUCAAAGCACUGAAGCAAAAACAGUGGCGGUGGCAACACAAACACUAACAGCUACCACAACAGCGACAGCAGCAGCAGCAGCAGCAACAACAACAGCAGCUAUAACCGUGACAUUAGCAUCCUCAAAUGCGCCUGCAACAUUAACGGCAACAAACGAUGCGGACGAACGGGUUUUGAGCACCGCAAUACCAGAAACACCAGCAGGAGGUGCAGUGGUGACGCUAACAGCAAUGUAUGAGCAAGCAAAGCGACAACAACAACAACAACAACAGCAUAAAGCUACACAAACGCAAAAGGAUAAGGAAAUCGCAGCAAAAAAGCGACUGUUUCCUUUUAGCGAAACUAAUGGUGGGCAGGAAGAGCCAACAGCAACAGCAACAUCAAUGCCAACCAAAAUUAAUGCAGCAGCAAUGGUGCAUGUGGCCACACGGUCGGGAACGCACGCCCACACAGCAACUACUAGUGCAAUAGCAGGCGAGCCAGCAACGAAAAUUACGGAAGUACUAACUGUGAAUUUUGAAAGUAAAUCACAUGCGAAUACACUUCCGUCAGGCAAAGGAGCUGCGGGUAGUGGCGCAGGAGCAGGAGAGUUCGUGCCGCAGCAGGACGGAAAUGAGGCAGAAACACAAAUCAUCAAACGUGUAAACGAACAGAGCACAAAAAGCUCGAACGAGCGGGGCGUGAGGCGUGCAAACGGGGAGGAGAAAACUGUAACAGAAACUAAUGUUGCUAAUGGUGGGCAUGGAGUUCGGAGGGAAAUCGAUCAGCAAGCAGGCGGGAUUAUUGACGACAGUAGGAGGGAGGAAGUUACACAAAACCAAAUGGAAAUAAUAAGUGAAGUAGUUCGAGCGAAUAAACCACGCGAUGAAGCACAAAAAGCAGGUUGGUCAGAAGGGGAGGCGAGCUCAAAUCGGCAGGAGGAAGAGCUUUACGAACCCGGUACAACAAAAGUAAUUGUCACAAAGUCACAAACUACACAGCGAACAAGCAGCGAGCAUGCAGCAGGCGCACAACAAGCCAUGAAUGGCAUGAAUACCGAGCAGCAGAAGCUAAAGAAUGGCCUAUACCGCAUUAAAUUGGCUGAAAUUGUAACUGACGAGUACAAUGGACGUAGUGCGGAGCAGCAGCAAAGUGGGGUGCGGCAGCUGGGCGCGGACAAUGGACAUCCAGAAAUAACAGCCACCGAUAUAAUACCAAACAUGCAAGUGGAAGGUGAGCGCGCAGCGGAGAGUGAAGAGCCGCUAACCACCACUCCACAAGGUUUGCUAGGCGCAGAACAGGCUGGCAAACAACUAGGCCAACUUGAACAACAAACUAGCACGGAAAAGCAGUCAACAUUGGACGAACAUAAUAGCGAACAGCAGAGGAGUGAGCAGAAGGCUGCACAACAGCAAAAACAACAACAGCAACGAAUCCAAUUACGCCGCGAGCAGCAAGCGAACAAUGGUAUGGAAAACCGGCAGGUGCAGCAGGACAAUGAACACACCGCAAGCCAGCUGGAGGAUAGGCUGGAUAGAAGAAGCAACAAUAGCAGUGGCGAAAGCAUGAGCAACAAGCAGAUAAAUAACAACAAAGAACAAGAAGAGCAACAGCAACAGAGUGACCACACCAAGUACACAACGCCGGCAUUCACGGGGGGUGGUCCACUGUCAGCGCCACUUGCUACACCACCCGCUCUCAAUAUAGUUGAUCUAUAUCCGAUGAAAAUGGAGGAUUUCAAUCCAAUUAUACGUGACUCCAAUGCGAAGUUAUUAAAGGAGCGCACAGUGUAUAAAGCUGUGGAGAAGGGCGACGACAACGAGCAGGGGCCGCAAGUAGAGCCAACAGCUGUGGAGUGGUAUGGAAAUGCGAAGGCGCAUGCGGUAGAGGAAAAAGUGGUAUAUUUACCAGCGGAUAGUGGGCAAAUCACCCAGCGACAGCAACAGAAUUUAUUGCCAAAUGAAGUGGAUACAGUCGACAACAUAGUACAGCGUUACGAUAACAUCAAUAAUCUGGCCGCGCAUCGGAGCAUCAAUCGUAGGCCAAUCAUGUUGACAAAAAGCGUAGAGGAGAAAAGUAAAGAGGGAGCAGUAGCAGGGACAGCGCCACCGAGGCAGCCAGAUGAUAUUACUGAUUUUACCGGAAAAGUGCUGGCCGAACAGGAUGGUGUCAUUACGGAAAUCGAGCAAAAGUUUCGCUUGAAUGAGUUUGCGCCGGCGGUGGUGGCCGUGACGGGGCCGGUAACGGGAGCUGGAACAGCUGCGGCAAUUGAAGGCACAGCAGCUAGGCCUGAGAGUAAAGAAAGUGCAGUCGCGACUAGCAACACCACAGCACCAGGCAGUGUGGGACAGCUGACUAGCGCUAAAUCGAGCUAUAGUGUGAACCACAAAAUUCAACCGCCCCAAAGUAUUAAAAAUAAAUACGCAAGCAAUAAGAAUAACGAGAACAAAAAGCGUAGCGGCAGCAACUCGCAACGUUUGCCGGCGCAACACGAUUUCAUUGAGCGGCGCGUGAAGAAAAGUUUUGACUUUCCUAUGCAUCGCGCAGCCAGCGCUAGCGCCAGUGAUACACUCACAAUGCCACAUGUCGAUUUUGCCAAUACAAAGUUCAAUACAGGUGGCGGCGGCGGCGGCGGUGCUACACAAGCACAAGGCGAAGCCGCCACAAAUAGUGGCACUGAGAGUGGUGACGGUGGCGCAAUGCGAGCUGCACUUGGGACGCAUCCGGAAUUUUCGACAACAAAAUUCUACAACAGCAAAGAGCUCUACAACGAAAUGAUGCAACACAAUCGCAAGCGACUGAAGGCGAAAUCCAAGAUGGAGCAGGCAAUGGCAGGCGCAGCAGGAACGCCACCACAACAACCGACAAUCACACACAGCGCAGCAACAACAGCGGCUAGUAGUGGUGGCGCGGGCUUGGAGACGGCGGCAAGCAGAUUUGCACUGCACCAAAAUGCAAAGUUGGAAACUUUACAGAAUGCGAAAGUCGCAGAACCGAGCAAACCAAUUAUGGGUGAAGUAGUGAACAUGAAUUCGAAGCGUGGCGAUGCUAACGGCGGUAGUGGUGGCACAAGCGAGGAUAAGGAAGGCGAUGCAAGUGAAGCAACAAAAAGUGGCAUCAAACAGACAGCACAAAGCGUGGAAAAGGCGGAGCUAGGGCAACCACAGCGUCAGCGUGUACAGCAGCAGCAGCAGCAGCAAAAUGCAUUACUUGGCAAACCAACGCAGCUGUUUGGUGCAGCAGCAAGUACCGCCAGUGCAGAGCGCUUCCCGUCACUACAAUCCGACGUCGACAAGCCAACUAAGAAGUACCAAAAAGAAUUGCAACGCGCUAAAUUGCUGCUCAAGUCGAUGCUGUUGCCGUCGACAAACGCCAAUGGCACAAGGGGUGCGAACAAGUCGAUCCCAAAUAUGCUGACAGCAGCCACAUCACCACCAUCACCACCACAACAAGCUAGCACAAGUAGAACGACAAUAAACAACCGAAAUGGCAGUCAACUCAACUUGCAUGCGCCAUCAUCCAGUAGUGAUGUAAGUGGCAGCGCGACAGCAAAGAAGCUUAGCGCGCUUGACAUCACUGCUGCGGGCAAAGUUGAUUUGGUUGCAAGUGGCAAAACUUUUGACAUUAUGUCGCAACGUCGUAAAAGCAAUGUUGUCGUCACGUACACACACACAACCACGCCCACACUCACACUAACAGCCGCCGCUUCGAGUGCAGCUGUUGGCAAUAUUGACAGCACCAUUGACAGCAGCAGCAGCAGCAGCACAAUUACGGAAGAGCAAGUGAGGCCAACUCAAGCAAAACGGGUUAAUUUCGCUGGUGCUGGCAUUGUGCAUGUAAAGCGCGCUAAACUGACACCUACAACAGCAACAACGACAACUAAAAUACCACUUGCUACAACAGCGAGCACAAAUAGCGAGCUUGCAAGAGUAGUGACUUCAAAAUUAGCCUCAGAUGACCCAACAACUCCUUCGCCGCUUAUUUACCCAUAUCCACAGCUGCAUCCGAAACCGAAGAAGCAGGCAUUGACGCAUUUAAGCCAACCGCAUGACACCACUGCUGCCAUCAGCAGCACCAGCAGCACCACCACCAUCGCCGGCACAAUAUUUUCCUCAUCGCACCACACCACUACCCCCAGCAGCACCACAAAUCUCACUAAAUCCCCCUCAAAGCCAAUUGGCCGGCCACGCAUACUUAGUCCUUUGCAAGAGAAAAUCAACUCACUCGAAUGUGAACUACAAAACGUGCCGAGCGAUUCGCAUUUGUGGCGAGGCAAUGAGACGCAUGAACUUUUGCUACCCAUUGUGACCUCCGAGAAUUGUCCUUAUGGUGGCACGGAUUGUUCGCCAUUAUUAGUCUCGUGGGAAGGUGAAGCCGAAAUACAGUCGGGCGAUAUUUUAAUAGUGGAAAUAAAUGAUACCUUAUUGAACCUGGGUGAUGCCAACAACACACAUAGCAGCCUUGCGCACAACACACAGGUCUAUCAGGUGACACGCUCGGGACAUGAGCAUUGCGAUGUCACAGAAGGUAUACUACUGGAUAUAACACCGCUAUUUGUCGAUGGUAGAAAGCUGGUAACACUCUAUGAUAAGGACCUAACCGAGGGAGUUAACUUGCUAAUUGUGGUUUCCGAGUUGUGGGGCUCACAGUGUGUUCGUUUGAAGGUCACCGCAAAAACUGACAAUUGUGGCGAGAAUGCUGAAUGCUCCGGCAAGGGUGUAUGCUACUCGAAUUCCGCCAUGGAAGAGUAUGAGUGUCAAUGCUGCAGUGGUUUUGCUGGUCCCCAUUGUGAGGAGAUCGACGCUUGUACGCCAAGUCCAUGCACAAAUAAUGGCAUCUGCGUUGACCUCUCACAAGGACACGAAGGGAAUUCAUACCAAUGCUUGUGUCCCUAUGGCUAUACAGGCAAAAACUGUCAAUACGAAUCCGAUCCAUGCAAUUCGGCUGAAUGUUUGAAUGGCGGUAGCUGCGUUGGCAAUUCAACACAUUUCAGAUGUGACUGCACUCCAGGCUAUAACGGCCCACUGUGCCAACACAGCCUCAACGAAUGCGAAUCAUCACCAUGUGUACACGGCAUUUGUGUGGAUCAAGAGGAUGGUUUCCGUUGUUUCUGUCAGCCGGGAUUCGCUGGUGAGCUUUGCAAUUUCGAAUAUAAUGAAUGCGAAUCGAAUCCAUGUCAAAAUGAUGGCGAAUGCAUCGAUCACAUUGGCAAUUUCGAAUGUCGCUGCACCAAAGGAUAUACCGGAGCGCGUUGUCAAAUUAAGGUGGAUUUUUGCGCCAACAAACCCUGUCCGGAUGGACAUCGCUGCAUGGAUCACGGAAAUGAUUUUAGCUGUGAAUGCCCGGGAGGACGCAAUGGCCUGGAUUGUAAUCAAAUGCCACGAAAGCAAUGCAACGAGAAUCUCUGCAAGCAUGGCGGCACAUGCUGGACCAGUGGCGCUUCCUUCUACUGUGCAUGUCGACCCGGCUAUACUGGGAAUAUGUGUGAAGAUGAGUUUGUGGUGGAGACCGUCGUUAGUUCCAGCGAGUUUAUGGUCGAUGAUACGAGCGCCAGAAAUUUUAAUGAUAAAACUUUCGGUUCAUCGGUUGUGUUAAAGAGCCCCAUUGAAUUGCAUAAUGCUUACUUUGGUGCGGGCGUGUUGGCGGCAGCCGUAUUCAUUGUUGCCGUUGUGGUCGCCAUCUGUCACUGCAAGGUUAAUCAGACAUACCGUAAAUUCUCAACACGUUCUUCCACAUUCUUUCCCAUUCUGGGCUUCGGCCGACGCAACAAAUCCCAAAGCAAACUCAACAAACACUGGCUAAGCGGCAAGGGACUGGGCGGUGGCGGCGGCGGCGGUGCUGGCAAUGGUGGCGGUUCAUUGCGCUCAUCCGGCUCCACGACAUCGCUGACACGCGGACACCUGCCCUCAGCGCACCACGGUGGUGGUGGCGGUAGCGGCGUAGGCGGCGGUGGAGGUCAUCAGUCACAUCAGCGACAACAGCAGCUGCAGCAGCAACAGCUGGGCGGCCAAAUGCACGAGCGGCCGUUUCAACGGCAUUUGGCGAUGAAUUUGGAGAAUGACAUGUAUUAUACAGUUGAUUUUAGCGAAAAUUCACAACACUCACCGUUAAUACAGUGAGGCAGAGAUAAACGUGCCACAGUGUUGGCGUCAACGGCCGUCAACAGUGUUGCCGCUGCUGCUGCUGCUGUGGGCAGAGUUGUGGUGCGAGCGCUGGUGGGUGUUGUUGGCAAUAAGGGGCAAGCUAGAGCUAUUAUAGGUGAUGUACGUGUUGGUGGUGUGCGUGUUGAUGGGCGAAGAGUGGACGAUGCGGCAGCGAUGGCGUUGUCGACAACGACGGCGAAGGCGAAGGCGAAGGCGACGGCUAGAAUUAGUGCUGAACGCACCAGUGGUGGUGCCAAAAGCAGUAAUUAUACGAAAAACAGCAGCAACAACAAAAACACGCACACUACUAGUUGGUUAGUUAAAUUUACGAAACGUUCUUAUUAAUGGCCAAUCGCUGGUAAUGAUCGUCCUGGUUAAUGGCGAUGAUUAUGUGAACGCUGCUGAUAAUAAUCACAAAAUAAUUAUAAUUACAAUUGAAAAUAGUAUAUACUUAGUAAAAUUGCACAGCCAAUACGAUUAUUUAAGCAUUGCUGAGGCCUGCAGUUGUGUGAAGACAGCUUCUGUGACAACACUACUAACAACAACUGCAAUAUUAUUGACAAAGGAGCGUGAAUUUUGCAGCUGUUGUCGAUGGCGAUGUCGCUGUCGCUGUCUCUGGUGCUGUGGAAGUGGAAGUGCUACCAGCGAAAUGCUGCUGCAGCUGGUAUUGAAAUAUUAAUUGAAAGUUUUAGUAUUCCAAUGCGUACAUACGCGCUGACAAACAAACAGACAAAGCGGAUAAAUAGGAGUGUAUGUUUGUAAAAGUAGCUGUGUAAAUGAAGUGCUAAGCAAUUGAAAGUAUUUACGACGAGCACCAAAGGCGGACAAAAUCAAACUGAAAUUUUAAUAAGCUUAAUUGCAGUCUAAAUAAUUAAAUUUACAAAAUGCAGAGAUGAAUGCGUAAAACUUUAUGUAGCAGCAAGCGCAGGUGCCGUUUAAACGCUAAUAAAGUAACAAAUUAAAAUAAACAGAAUUUUAGGAAUAUGAAAACGAAAAUUAAAUAUUUAAAUAAAAUUCCAGAAAUUCACAAGUGACAAAUUUGCUUGUUACAUUUAUGAAGAAAAUUUACUUAAUUAGUGUUUUUCAUAGCGCUUCAAGUGGACAUGCAAACGAACUGAAGAACUCUUUGUGCAGACUUGACACUUCAGGCUUAAGGUUUAAAAUACUAAGUAGAAGGUUGAAGAGUGGGUUAAAGUUUAGUUAAAUAAAAAAAAUUAAAUGACACAGAAAUUAUGGGUUAUGGUAAAAUAAAAAUUAGAAAUAGAAAAGUAUAUAUUAUACGAGUAAUAAAAAAGAAACACUUCUGAUACCAAAAGUCAGCACUGUGGAACAAUUUAGUUGUUAUAUUUUGGCGCCUCAACGAAAUAAUGGCCUAAAGUGAGCAACCGUGCAUGGUAGUCAAAACCGAAAAAUAAUUUCUCGCCUGCUCUACACAAUUGUCCUUUACUUUGGUUCAACAAAAUAGGGGUCAAAAAGACCCAUUCGGUUUGGAGUCAAGUGGUUAGAAUAUUUCCGAAAAAAUGUUGCACUUAAUUUUGCUACUGACACUGAAGACAAGAAUCAUGUUUGAGGUUUAUUUAUUUAUAUAAUUACAUAUAAUAUUAUGAAAUUUACGCCGCAAAAGUGAGCGCUUUGAACCACUGCAAAAAAAAAAUUAUGAUGAGGUGAAGCAAAAUCUUUUUGUGGUUUAACUAUCACGCAUGGAUACUAACGUUUACACAUUCCCUCUGUUCCUUUAGCAGUCAGAUUUACAGUAUUUAGUCAGAAAUCGUUCCUGUACACACAUUUACAAUAUCUUCCGGACUAAAUCUGACUAUUUCUGAUUAAAUGCUGUAAUUCUGCCGGUUAAAGGGAUAUACCAAUAAUUUCGUUGAGGCCCUAAAAUGGCUUAUUCCACUGUGUAAUAAAACUCGCAAAACU